CAGAGAAGCUUUCCUGUUGUUCGCCGGAACUCCCUCAGGGGAGAUGAAGAUCUCACUAGCUCAGUGUGGAGAUGUGAUGAGAGCUUUGGGUCAGAACCCAACCAAUGCUGAAGUUUUGAAUGUUCUUGGAAAACCAAAGCCUGAAGAGAUGGAAUCCAAACUGAUCGACUUUGAGACAUUCCUGCCUAUGUUUCAACAAGUUUCAAAAUCUACUGGAAGGGGCACAUUUGAAGAUUUUGUGGAAGGCCUAAGGGUUUUUGACAAAGAAGGCAAUGGAACAGUCAUGGGGGCUGAACUCCGCCAUGUGCUUGCUACGUUGGGUGAGAGACUGUCUGAGGGUGAAGUGGAUCAGUUGCUGGCAGGGCAGGAGGACACAAAUGGUUGUAUUAACUAUGAAGCUUUUAUAAAACAUGUCAUGGCUGGCUGAGCGAUCUCUUCUGGUGCAGUAGCAGCCUCACAUGCAUGUCAGCAGUGCUUAACUGAAGCUCAUGUGUGAGAGUUCAUCAAUGAAUCAUGAACAAGGAAAGUUUUAUUUUAAAUAUUAUAUAACAUUAAAAUCACUCUUCAUCAACCUCA